AUGCUAUUAGUUUUUUCCCCAAUGAUAUCUCCAAGUCUGUGUUGAAAGUAAUAGUCAUAGAACAACAUAGUUUCUAUGUAUUUUGUUCAUACCCAGCUCUCUCUCUCUCUCUCUCCCUAUUGCUGUGUGUGUGUGUGUGUGUGUGUGUGUGUAGACCUCUCCUGUUGAUCCAAUACAAUAGUGAGUGCAGAGUAAGCAGUGGUCUAGUACUAGUAUGUGUGUGUGGAACAUGCUAGCAGGCAGCCACAAUGCACUCUUUUCGUAGGGAUUUUCAUCCGACAGUGCUUUCUCCCUUUUCUCCCUCUCAUUUUCCCCGAUUAGUCUUUUUGUACCUCUUCUCUGCAUUAUGGGUUCUGGGAGCAUAAUUAAGUUUGCCAUUUGUGAAGUACUGCAGUUUGCCGCCUUUUGUGUUCCAUUUUUCAUUGUGAUGCAGCGCUUUGCCUUCAUCCUAGCACAAGCGAGGAGUCAGAUGCAGCCCUCUGGUGGAAACUCUAGCAUGGCUUACUGGUUGAUCGUGUCUUCAUCUGUUGCCUAUCUGACAACUGUGGCACUUGUGGUGUGGCUGCCAAUUAAGUACAUGGUGUUCAUGAAGAAGAAAGCCCUGGUGGGGAGAAAGAAGUGGAGACCUGUUGCUCUGGCGUAUGUGCUCCUCUCCACACUACCCACUUUUGCAUUCCUAAUAGCCAGUUCUGAGGUGCAGAUUAGAAAUUAUAUGCAAUUUGAUACAUUCAGUGAGUUACCUGUGUCUUUGGUCCUAUUUUCACUCAUCCUCAUUGACAUUGUGGAAAGAAUCCGUCACUGCAGACUUACUGGCCGGGCUAAUGAAUUACAUCGAAAUGCAGACAUCCCAACCCUUAGCCCCAUUGAGAUGAUGAUGCCAAUAGCCAGUACCGCCACUGGCCCAUCUCCUGCAGCAGCAAGUAUUAGUGUGGGGCCACAGAAUGGAGCAAGAGCAGCUAAUGGGCCCACGCCAAGGUUACCUGGAAGAACUGCAGUUACAGGGUUAUCAGGCAAUGGGAUGGUCAUUGGGUUGCCCACCAAUGGGGCAAUUACAGGGAUUCCAGGCAACAUGACAGGCUCAGCUGUGCCCAGCAGUGGAGCAGUGCCAGUACUGACAGGCAAUAAUGAGAGGCAACCAUAUACUAUAUCUGGGAUUUGUCCAGGCACUGGCCUGCCCUUAAGAAAUUCCCCAUAUGCCACUGAAUACACGGGGCCACUCAGUUUUUUGCUAGCAAGUGAUGUGCGUGCUGAAGCCUUUGCCGAGAGCUUCCUGUUCUGGUUGGACACAGUUGAAAUGGUGCGAGUUACAAAUCACACCACUGUCUAUUUCUCAGGUUGGGCUUUACCAGUGUACCUCUUCAGCUUUCUUUCAACACUGCGAUUGGCUCUAAUGCCCCACAGUCCCGUUCUCUCAACCCUGGGGGUGGCCCUACAGGACCUCCCCUUCCUCGUUUUGAGAGUGGCCCUUCUAGCCAUUUUUGGGUUUGUCACUCCAGUCCUGUUUGUGAUGAAGAACCUCUUGGUGUGUUUGGCUUACAUUUACUUUAACUUCAUGACCAAGCUUAAAGUUUUUAACACGGAGAGGAUGUUCUGAUUGGCCUAGUGAGUAAAGUUACAGUGAACUGAACAGCAGAGGAAAAUAAAAAAAUGUACUGUAGUAAGGCUAGAUUAGAAAUGGAUCUGGUUUCAGAUCACAAAAUGUGGGUAUUAGAUAUAAUAAUCUUGAGUAUUUUCUCAUUUAACACCCCCCCCCCAUGUCCUUAAUAAUAUAUUUAAUUACUGACUUAAUGAAUGAUUUAAUGUAUUAUUAUAAGGAAUUGACAGUGCCAUGAGACCUGUGUUAAUGAGAUAAGAAUUGAAGCCUCACCUGCUGCACUUUGACCAAAGUUUGUUUCAAGUGAUUUUUUUUUUCAUGUAUAAUUAUUUUUCACGUUACUUUAUCUUAAUUGUCGUGUAGAUUCACACAUGUUCCCUUUUCUGAAAAAUCCCCCCCCCC